UUUUACCACAGUAAUUCUUGUUGAAGUGGUGUUGAGCUCGUUUAAAGAUAACGCCAAACCUGUUCUGCAACUAAAAUCACUCCAAAUUUUAGAAAAGGCAGAAGCACUACUAUAAAAACGUGGACACACCCAACAUAGACAUUAUUCUUGUAUGAUCAAACAAAAAUUUUCUUCUUGAAACAACACAAAAAUUUUCUUGUUCCAAAGAUGAGCAAAUUAGAGCUGGUAUUUGUGCCUACUCCAGCCGUUAGUCACCUAAUUUCGGUAUGCAAGUUUGCAGAGAAGUUGGUUAAUAGAGAUGAGAGGCUAUGUGCAACAUUUCUAAUUAUAAGGCCACCCCCACCAUUCGAUGCCAGCGUAGAUGCCUACAUCAAGCAAAAGUCCUCUGAUUCCCAGGGCAGUCGAAUUAGAUAUAUCACACUUGCCAAAGCCAAACCGCCACCUUCAGAUGAAAUAGGCAAGUCUAUUGAUAGGUACAUCUCUCUUUAUCUAGCAAAUUGUCGACCCCUCGUUAAGGAAGCAAUUAUCAGCAACAAGAGGCCUGAUUCGAAAAUUAUUGGACUAGUCUUUGAUAUGCUUUGCAGUUCAAUGAUUGAUGUAGCAAAUGAACUUGGCUUUCCUUCUUAUCUUUUCUUGGUUCAAAGUGCUGGUUUUCUUGGUUUCACGUUUUACAUGUCUAUUUGGCGUGACCAAGUCGGGAGAGAAUUUAACCAAUCUGAUGCUGAUGUAAAGAUACCAAUCUUUUCUCAUCCAGUACCCUCAAAAGUCUUGCCUUCAUUUGCAUUCAUCAAGGAAGGUUACGACACAUUCUGCAACCAUGCUGCCAGGUACAAAGAAACCAAAGGAAUUCUCAUCAACACAGUUGCAGAAUUCGAAAGUCACGCUGUCAAUAGUUUAGCAUCUGAUCCUGAACUACCUCCAGUGUACACAGUAGGACUUCUUCUUGACGCUGAGAACCAAAAACCUUCAACACAAGCAGCAGGAUCUCGUCCUGACCUUGAGAACCAAAAAGGUAAGGGCAAUUCUACGUCUGAAGAUGAAGAGAUCAUUAAAUGGCUAGACCAGCAGCCAACUGCCUCUGUUCUUUUUCUGUGCUUUGGAACCCUUGGUGUUUUUCAGCCACCACAGCUAGUCGAGAUGGCAAUUGCACUUGAACGAAGUGGUGUUAGGUUUGUGUGGUCAAUGCGUCUCCCUGCAAAUGCUGAAACUACAAAAUUAAAGGAGAUAUUGCCAGAAGGGUUCUUGGAGAGGACAAAAAACAGCGGAGUAGUAUGUGGAUGGGCACCUCAAACCGACAUUUUGGCUCACAAAGCCACCGGAGCAUUCGUAUCUCAUUGUGGGUGGAAUUCAAUUGUUGAGAGUAUAUGGUAUGGAGUUCCAAUUGUGACAUGGCCCCUUUAUGCAGAACAACAAAUAAAUGCGUUUCAAUUGGUGAGAGAUCUUGAGGUGGCAGUGGAGCUGACACUGGAUUACAGGAUGCAGCAGAGUGGUCAGCCCGAAAUUGUGAAGGCCGAGGUGAUGGAGAAAGCUAUAAGAUGCAUAAUGGACAGUGAAAAUCCCCAGAGGAAGAGAGCCAAAGACAUGGGAGAAAUUUGCAGGAAGGCGUUGAUGGAGGGUGGAUCUUCUUUCAUUUCUCUAGAACGAUUUGUAGAAACUAUUCUUGAUUCCUAGAAUUGAGAAGAAGAGGAAUCUUUUACAUUCUGUACUACUCUUUGUGCUAGCAGUUUUGUUUCAUAUCAGUAUUCUACUGAAUCAAAUAAUUAUUCAGGUGUGUGUUUUGUUUACCGGGAAA